AUGACUGGCGUACGACUAUUGAUUCAUAGUAUUGAUGCAGUCAUUAAGAUCAAAGAUCGAACCUCUCAGCUCCGCUGCGUAAUGAAGACAAUUGCACGCAACUUGCUUCCAGGACAAUACGGGUUCAAGCCAGGGCACUCGGACGAGGUCAUUGCGUACAACCGUGACCUCGUAAAUCGUUUGAAGAGUGGUACUAACCGUGCAUUCUCUCAUAUUGACCCCGGGAAUCCAGUGACUGCAUGCCGGAACCCAAUCUUUGCUGACAUCCUCGCGAAAACGUGCGGAUGGUUUGCAAACCCGAAAGGCGACGGUAUCCGCUACGGCCAUUACUUUACGCCUGGGCGUUCAAUGCAAGUCGUCAUGGCUCAGUUACUUACAACGGUCGAGUGCGCAAUUGACGAAUGGCAGACAGGUAUACACAAGGACCUGGACUUUCGAGAGAGCGUGUACGCAAGUGUGUUCAACAAACAUUUGGAGUGGCUUGUCGAGUGGGAGAAGUUUUCGCGUGCGCACUCGCAAGCGGAUGUUUGCAUGCAACGUGACUUGAUACAGGAGCUGCGGUGA